UUUUAUGAAUUCCCUUAAUUUUAUUGUCAAAUUCUAGUUUACUUGAUUAUAAAUAAAUGUUCCUGUCGAUGUCAUUUCUGUUGGUAAUGAUGUAGACACAAGUGAAAACUCAGAAGUGCACAACUUAAUAUAACUAUUUGAUCGCUUUACGAGUAGUUAUUGCAACUUAGUCUGCAAUUAUUUUUGUAUGUGUAGUACAUAGUCUAUCAGAGUGCUAUUUGAAUUAUUCUUCUACGCUUAAAUUAGGUCCUAUCUAUUGGAAACAGCCUCUCUAUCCACAAGGAUGGGGUAAGGUCUGCGUACACACUACCCUCCCCAGACCCUACGGUGUGGGAUUAUACUAGCGAGGAUGUUGCAGUUGCUGUUGCCGAGACUCCUGCUCCAGCACUUGGAGAGCCCAUGGACAUCAUGACUGCUUUGCAGCUGGUGCUGAGGAAGUCUAAGGCUCAUGGAGGCCUAGCUCGGGGACUACAUGAAGGUGCAAAGGUGAUUGAGAAGCAUGCAGCACAGCUUUGUGUGUUAGCAGAGGACUGCGACCAGCCAGAUUAUGUCAAAUUGGUCAAAGCACUCUGUGCUGAUCACAAUGUCAGCUUGAUCACAGUUCCGAAUGCAAAAACUCUUGGCGAAUGGGCUGGUUUGUGUAAGAUUGACUCUGAAGGGAAAGCAAGGAAAGUGGUUGGCUGCGGCUGUGUUGUUGUGAAGGAUUAUGGGGAAGAGACUGAGGGUCUGCAUAUUGUCCAGGAGUACGUAAAGUCCCAUUAAAUUGGCCCGGUAUAUGAAGAUCUCUUGUUGACAUGGAGCUUUGCCUAUGAAACUCUGUUCCCUCAUACCUGCUUCCCUCAUUAGUUGUGUACCUGCAGUUGAUUUUAAGUUUUUAAGACUAGGUAGAAACCCUUCAGUUGUAGUGCCGUUCAGUUUUGUUUCUCAUCUGUAAAGAAUAUCGAUUUACUAAUUGGAAAUCAGAAAUUCUCUUCUGGUUUA